AUGAAGGACAAUAAUGAACUAGGCAUCCGUCCCUUCGAGUGGUUGACAGAUUCUGCUUCGGUUGUACCUUUAGUCAGGGCGGCAGUUGCCUCGCCGCCAUCAUCAGAGAGACACGAGGCGAAGCUACUCAAGAUUCUGCAUGUCGGCAGCGGCAGCUCUGUGCUGGGCGAACAUUUGGUCGAGACCAUGGGAGAUGAUAUUGAGCGAGUCGUCAAUGUGGAUGUAGACACGGAAACAUUACACAGAAUGAAGCAACGAUGGGACAAGGUCGCCAAAGAUACGGCUACGAGAGACAAGCUCGACUUUUGUACGGCAGAUUUUGCAGCUACUAAAGGCGUUGUAAUAAUCGAAGAAUACCCAUCUGGUUACUUUGACAUUUGCAUUGACAAGAGCACGCUCGAUUGUACAUUAUGCAGCGAUUCCGCCAGCGCAGGACUCUUGACCGAGGUUUAUCGACUUUUGAACCCUUCUGGAGGAAUCUACAUUUGCAUCUCCUUUCAUCACCUGGACUUGCUGCAGCCACUACUGCAAGAUCUACCUGGAGCUCAUUGGGACGUUUCUCAUACCAUCAUGCAAAGGCAAGUGGAAGAUCUUAUUGGAAACAACAACAACAACAACAACAAACCUGAUGGGGUAGCGGAAGAAAAAGGCAAACAGGACGCAACUAACAGUUUAUGUACCAAAAGCCAAGGUGCUUGGGCAUCUGGAUCAUUUGAACCAGACGAACAAUACCGACGCACGGUGAAUGUUCUUACUUGUCGUCGUAGGCUACCAGCAGAUCCACUGGAGAAAUCCUGUGCCAUACUACUAGACAGAGAGAAAGUCAAGACACAUAUCAACUCUACCAAUGAUUUAUGGUUCCAGCACCACAAUCCCAUGCUGACAUCCAAGCGAAAAGAGACAAUUCAUUGCCUCUUUCAACAACAACAAGGGGAAAGCGAAGAAGGGACUUGUGACCUCGAAACUGCCUACAGCAUUCUUUUCACCGAGGCCGAACGGGAGCUCCUGACGUUUGAUUUGUUUCUGGAAGACUGGCAAGCAUGGAUUUCACAACAACAACAACAACAACAACAAAAGGAGGACCCUGGCUUUCCCAACGACAAAAUGUCGGUCGAAACUGCACUGGCUUUCCUGGAAGAAAUGCAGUGA